GCUGCGCUCGCACGCCAUUUUUUAUUUACCUUUGGUGGGGGGUAACGAAAUAAGCAAUACCGUGCAGAAAAUUAUUAAUCAUUUCGUUGUUGUUAACAGCGAAUUCUUUCAAUAAACCAUGUAGCCCGAAAUGAGCUUUGACGGUAUCCAACAAGAAGCGACGCGUUCAAAGUUAACCAAGUGGCGACAUUAAUGCUUCCACUGAGUCCUCAGGUUCACACGAAAAACUUGAGAUCCUUUCCAGUUUAUGAACCUAGAAAUAUGGAUUAUCGCCAAAAGAUGGUUGUACCAGGCCCCGAUCGAUAUAAGCAAGAAGAGGACGACGAGGAGGAUUUAGAGGCAUUAAGAUUAGCGGCACUGCGAUCUUUACGUGCCAAGGAUACUCUUCGUAACAAACAACAGAUUCGGCCAUUACCGCAGUCCCACCUUCGACCUAUUACGCGUGUACCAUGUACCCAUCAAAGAAACCAACAAUUUCAUCCAAGGGGUUACUACCAAAAUACGCUCCAUUGGCAAAAUGGGAAUUUGUAUUACCAAAGCCCAGGUAAUCCAAAUUUAAUCGCUAUAAUUCCUGUGGAUGAAAGCAUUUCACGAUGCCAACCGGAACCUCCUCCAUCUCCACAGAAGGUUGACGAAGUAAAGUCUGAAGAAGUAUCAAAGUUUUAUCGAUACGAAGACAAUAUAAGUUCAGACGAAGACGAAACCAGGUAUAAUAAUAAGGAGGAAGUAAGAGAAGUAAAGGAGACGAUAAAAUCAGAAACCAUGGAGAAAGAAGCAACGGAUGCAGAAGUCGACGUGCCAAUGGACAAAGAGCACGAAAGCGACAUCGAGGAGGGUCUAGCUCAAAUCGAGGAGAACGAAGAGGAAACGGAAUGCGAGAAGGACGACGAUGACGACGUUCUGUUAAUGGCCGACCUAGAAGAAGAGGACAGUUUGGAACGCCUAAUGGACGAAAUGGAGAGAGAAAUGAACGUGGAUAAGUCAACGGGGAAAAGUGAGACCAAGUCUACGAAAUCCUCGGGAGAAUCAAAGCGAACGCGCGUAACAACCAAGAGCGAUACUCGUAAGACGAAUUCGGAACAAUUCAGCGUGAGGAACAAAAGUAGCAGUCCCACCGUUCCCCUGGAUCCAACGCGAAGUCCGGGAAAGAAGGCGGAACGGAGGUCGGUGUCCCCGCGCGGAGUGAGUCGGUCGAUUCGAAAACGAAGGUCGCUCUCUCCAAAGGCUAAACUGCGAAAGAAGUCGCCGAGAAGAUCGCCGAAACGAUCUCCGCCGAGACACUCAAGAAAAGUGCUCAAAGAGUCAACUAGACACAGGUCUCCGAGAAGAUCACCGCUGGGAUCCGGGGUGCCGAGGUCGUCCCCCGGCUCCCCACUGGCAAGCAGAUCGCCGAGCAGACGGUCACGGCCUCGCUCACCCGGGGCACCCUGGAAUCGGUCCCCGGCGUCGGCUCCGAGCCAACAGAGGAGUUCUCCGUGGUCGGCAUCACCCGGAAGCGCCUCGCCCGCUUCGCCCACCAGGCGGAGACCACCCAGGUCUCCCGGAUGGUCUCCGCGAGACAGAGACCGGGACGGACGUCCGGAAGCUCCGCGAACCCAGCGAGAACGACGGUCCCUCAGUCCAGAGAGAGCCGGAUCUGCUCCAUCCGCCCCCGCUUCUCAGGCGGCGCAGCCUUCGUCUUCGGUAUCCGCGGGUCCUGCGAGCCGACGCAAGGAGGACGAGCCCACCUCGAGGGAGCAUCCGAGCUCCGACCCGGUCCUGGAAGCCAGGAGGCGCAAGUUCGAGUCAGCGAGGCCGAUCGAUCCCCUUCUCGCCAACAAGAAGAUUAAAUUGAGCAAGAGGGAGAGCACGACCGUUCCCGUUGUGCCCUCGGAGGCGACGGAACCUUCCUCCGCUCCGAGGAACCCGUCCAAGGUGAGGACGAAGGUAAAGGCGGCCGCCAAGGCGACGGGAUCCGAGAAAGUCCUCGAUCGCGACGCAUCCUCCCUCCCAGGGCAGGACGGGGCACCCGAGGACGAAGCCGGCCCCGUAGACGUCGAGCCCGUCAGAUCGGCCAAGGAGAGGACCUCGAAGAAGAAGAAAAAGAAGGAUAAAGAGCUCUACCAGGCGGUCAGGCCGAAGCAUGAACUCCCGCUUUCCGAGCGCAUCGGCAAAGAGAAGAAGUGCAGGAAGCGAAAGGAGCCUGCGGCGUCGACGACGCCCGAAGACGUCGAGCUCAGCGAGGAAGCGGAUGUUACCUUUGAAAACGAGACCACCUCGGCGACUCUCGAGGCCAGUGCGGACUCGACCGUCGACGAGGACGGUGAUUUGCGUGCCGAACUUAGCCGGAGGCGAGCCGAGCGGCUCAACCGGGCCGUCCCGAUCCAAUCCGCCAGGCUUCUGCAGUCCGCGUUUAAAGGCGUCGUUAACGAGGUCGUGAAGAACAACGCGAAAGCGAACAGGAGGCACCCGGCGAAAACCGAGGAGAAAACGAAUCAAAAGGAAGCGAGGCGCGUAACGGUGCUCCAUCGUCCUGCAUCCGAGUUGCACGAUUCCGAAGAUGAAACCGUUCUGGAUCCGAAGCUCCCCAUCCGAUUCAGAUUGGGCAUCAACAAAACGGUCCAAGAUACCAGAGAAUCGAAAGCUUCGCGGAAGGCUGCCAAGAGGCAAGGUCGCAAGGUAAAGCACAAAAGUAAUUUAUCCUUCACAACUCCCGAACACAUUUUAUAGUGCGUAAUAUGUGGUGUAAUAAUCGUUUUGUGCGUUAUAUACGUGUACGUAUAUAUGACACACAAAAUACAUGGGAAUACACGUGUAGGAUUCGAUUCCACCGUUCAUGAUGAGGCAUCGCAAGAUGCACGCGUGAUGUUACAUGUAGUGCGUGAAGUAAUAGUAGCUGUCAAUAUUAGAACUCCGGCACCGUUUACGACUAGCUGGCGUUAAAACUUAACGUUUUGUAAUUGAAAGCAUUGUGUAUUAUCAUAAUAUACUUAUGGUAACGCAAAACUGAUUUCUCUAAGAGAAGACCGAUCGACUUAAGGCGACGUACUUUUUGGUUGCAAUUUCGUCUUGGUUACAAUGUUCUUUGAAAUUCUGUAAGUCCCUUAGUGAUUAAAACAUUAAAAUUCGCAUUAUAUCGUGAUGUAACGCUUAGCGAUAGCUAUCGUAUAUUAUGUCGAUGCAUUUCGAUACAUUUGUUUACCGGCUUACAUUUUCUACUUCCCCUUAGAAAACGGAAGGGCCGGGAAGGAACCUUAUCUAACUUCCAAGUUGUACAAGUAGGUAAACGAACGGAUUACGAAAGUCGAGAAAGAACGUCAACGGUUUAGUCUUCGGACCGAUUUUGUCUACUUUUGAUUACGCCGCAACAACGGUACAGUAUUUUGUUAUCUCGAUAAAUGUUGCACCUGAACUUAGUACUGGGUAAAGUGUAAACGGGUAGUCCAAAGUGUGUGGUCUAAUUUCAAGCGUUUCAGUUCACUCGGAAUCAUUAAAUCAUCAAACUCACGAUCUAUGUACUGAUUAUUUAGGAAUAUCUUUCCUAUAUUUACGUUUUUUUUUUUUGUUCAUACACCCGAGAAUUUCACGGUGCUUGUAAAAUCGUUUUCUCGUCGUAAUAAAAGUAUAAACGUGUUGUAUGAGUGGGGACUGUAACUUCUGGUAGACCGACAUUUGUAGACGCUUUUGAUCCAAAUUGUCAUCAUUCAUUUACCCCCGGUUGGAAACGUCAGGGUUUGAGCGAUAUCUUUUUUUUUUUCCCCCUUAAGGAUAAAGUCGUCCAUUCGUCAGAUUGGGUUUCAAUCGAAGGAAAACAGUACCCGUUCGCCUUGCCUCACUUUUUUGAUCAACUUAAGGAGUAAGACCAGUAAAAAGUGAAUUACGUAGAUUGCUAAAGUUCGAAUUAUCCUUCUUCGGGUUAAAAGGUACCCCGCUUCUUCCCUCUUUAUUUAUUAUUAUCCACCAUUCAGGAUGAUGGCCCGGUAAUGUUCAGUUCAAUCAUUGUUGUGUCAAGGAAAAGAAAUUGUAUAUAAUUCACGCCGUUCACUCGGUAAAUAAAAAAACAUCCAUUGA